UUCCACGCAAUUUUAAACUACUUGAAGAACUCGAAAAGGGUGAAAAAGGGCUCGGAGAUGGUACUUGUAGUUACGGUCUUUCAAACGGCGAGGAUAUAUAUAUGAGUAAUUGGAAUGGCACGAUCAUAGGACCGGCCGGAACCAUUCAUGAGAAUCGCAUUUAUAGCUUGAAACUUUAUUGUGACGAAAAUUAUCCCGAAUCUCCACCAACUGUCCAUUUUAUUUCACGUAUUAAUUUACCAUGCGUUAAUCAACAUACAGGAAAAGUCGAACCUUCUAGGUUAAGUUGCUUGGCUCAGUGGAAAAGUUCUUAUGGCUUAGAAGACAUUUUAUUAGAACUACGUCGUGAAAUGGCCAAUCCGGUUAAUAAGAAAUUGCCUCAACCUCCAGAAGGUUCUUUAUUCUGA